CUAGGGAGCACAGGCCUGGGGAUCACUUAUAUGCAUGAUUAACAAGGGAUGAAAUGCAAGGCAGCUGGAAAUGAUUAACAAGGGGGCAGGAACUGAUGAGUACUGGGUGUGGCUUGUUACAGUCAUUCCAGGGAGGAAAACAGGAGGGUGUGUCAGACAAUGACGGGUAAGAUGUGACAGCUGGGAUCCUAAUAGAUUUUCUCAUUGGUACCUUAGUGGUUCUGAAAUCAUCUGCAGUGGCAGAUUGUUCAUGUGAAAAACAACAACAACAAAAAAGAUAACGACACUAACAUAGGCGACUAAGCUGCUAGGACUACUAUUACGAUUAGACCUACUACAAAUUCUAACAACAUCGAGAAGAAAACGAAUAACAACAAUACAUGAAAUUCGAUAGGGUAUAUUAGUUUAGCACGUGCUUCACAUUUUCUUUGCUUUGACAGGAUUUUUCAAUGGCUGUAGCAUGUCGGUCUACCAUUUCAAAUAAAUGUCGCAAUAUUUCGUCGUGCAAAUGAAACAUACACGCAGACGUUUUUGUCAUUAGAUUGAGCUAGAUACGUAUAUUGUGACACUAUGUGCUACAGAUAUAAGGCACGGAGAUCAUAUUUUGCAAUUUUUCUUAUGCAACUAAUCGGAUUUUCCCCUAAUGCUUCCUUUUAAGUCAGAUGAAUGAUGUUCAUCUGUCGCUCCACCUAAUAUACCGGUGAUGCUAUUUGAUACACAUUUUUAUUAGUAUAUUAGUAGUAAGAGAAGGUGUUAUCGAUAUGUACUUGGGAUUGUUUCUUUUCUUUCUGGCACUGGCAGCUGGAUAUAAGAACACAUUGAGUUUAAAACAAGACUCGACUCCGAUCAUCGACGACAUAGUUGCAAAUAAUGCGAGGCAGGAACUUUCGGUGAAGUGGAGGAUAAACUUGGAUGACGAUGUGGAAAGCAAUAUCACUUUCAGAAUUCAGACUGUUCGUGGGAAGAACUUAAGCAAAGUUAAUGAGACUACAGUACACUUCGAUCAACCCAUCGGCGAUGGACUGUUGCAGUGGAAAUGGAUUUCAGAAUGGCCUUUGCAAUGCACAGACCAUUCAGUGAGAGUAAAGCGCCUCAGCAAUUCGUUCGCCGCUAACUGGAGCGAGUGGAAAACAAACUCCGGUGUACAGGCGCCAGAUGACAAGCCUAAGAUAUUCCCUUUUGAAGAGCUACUUCAGGAGGGGUCUUCCGGUCAUUUUUGCUGUAUCGUUCCAAGAAGAGGAGAAAUAAAAGACUUCACUUUUAAGCAUAUUUCCCGUCAAGUUUCCUCAAUUGACAAGGGAGUCUAUGGGAUCAUUGUGAAUAACCUUAAUCACACCAAUGAAUAUGGGAUUCUUGCUACGUGUGAGGACUCCAAUGCACAAAAAACAUUUACUCUGAACUUUGUGUCAUUCCCUCCCCAGAAACCAAGAAACAUCAAAUGUGAGACACAUGAGAUGGAGCAUGUGAACUGUUACUGGGACUCUGACACACCCCACAGCCUGAAUUAUAGCUUCAUGUACCAUUGCAUCCUGACUUUACAGAACUCCAUCAAAGAAAUCCAGGGCACAUGCAACCACUGCUCUUUCCAAGCCGAGCCGGACCAGACGGUAUACAACAUAACGGUUAGGGCGACCAACAGUCUGGGAGAGGAGAGUGAGAGCCUCAGCUUCCACAUCACUGACAUCGUGUCGCCAGAAGUUCAACAUCUGAAAGUUAUGCCAGCUACCCGCCAUGCCAACGUGUCCUUCUUUGUAAAAGGGAACUUCUCCAGGUUCAACCUCUCUUGCCAAGUCAGAACCAGUGAUGGAAACCUAACCGUGAAGGAGUCAUUAAAGGGGCUGACCAGCAGCCGCUACCAGGUAACGAUGGGUGGUUUGCAGCCCUUGGAGCAGUACACAUUCGAGGUGCGCUGCUCUUUGGCAGGAUCUGCCCGAGGGUUUGGACGAUGCAUCAGCUCCCAAAGAUUCACAACACACACUGAACCCCCAUCUGUGAGCCUGGACCUAUGGAGAACUGUACACCAAUACAGUGGUACUCGCAAUGUUACUGUCAUGUGGAAGAUAAUUUACAACAACAACAACUCCAAAGCAGACAUUUCUGAGUAUGAAGUUCAAUUUGGGAACUCAAAGCAAAUUGUAACUGGUCGGGACACAAAUCACACCAGUAUCAACAUCAGUCUCAGCACAUGCAGCAUUGCUGUCAGAGCCGUCAAUGAAGCCGGCUCCUCGCUCCCAUCAUACAUCGUCAUCCCCUCAUUUAGGAAUAUGAGUGUAACUUCUCCCAAGGCAAAGAGAGUGAGCGGCCAUCCCGUGCAGGGCAUCCCGCUGUCAUGGGAAGCGUGCGAUUGGGUUACCUGUGGCUACACUGUGGACUGGUCCAAGGCAACUGAACCCAAACAGGUUGUCAACUGGGUCAAAGUGUGUGUUGGGUCCACCAACCUCACCCUUUCUGCAGAGUGGUUCGAGCCAGGGUGCCGGUACACCUUCCGCGUCUUUGGCUGCCAUGGAAACGGUUCAUACCAUGGAAAGCAUGUUCUGGUGGAGGAGAUUACAGGCUAUGCAGAGGAGUUGGAGCCCAGAAGAAAACCAACACUCAAUCCUGUCAGUAUUAGUUCAUCUUCUGCUUUGUUAAGCUGGGAAUUCAACGAAGACGACCCUGCUGACCCUGGUUUCAUCACAGGGUACCAAGUCAACGUAACGGAAAGCCUUCAGCUUGUUGUUUCGGAACAGUUGAAUGAUUUGCACAUAAAGAAUUUCACUGUCGACAACCUACGGGAUGGGACCAAGUACACCUUCCAGGUGCAGGCGCGCACGACGGCGGGUCUCGGGCCUCCUGACGAAACGACUGCCAUUUCACCCUCAAACCACACCAGAUUUCUGGUACGGCUAUUGAUUCCCCUCCUGUUGCUUCUGAGUGUUGGGAUCCUUAUCGCUUUCUACAGCAAAAGGAUUAAGACUUGCGUCGCACCCUUCUUCCUCACCCCUUUCAAGCUGACGGCUAGGAAGUUGGAAAUUAAUAGCUCUCUCUAUGAGGUCAGUGAGAAGAUCAAGGCUCUGAAAGUUGAGGACUGCCCCUGUUCCACCAUUCACGUGCUGGAGGAGAGCAGCAUGGGGAAGCAUCAGAUGAUGGAGAUCAAGAUCACGGGCAGUCAGCUCCCAUACUGCCCUCAGUCACCUAGCAACAGUCUUUGUGGUCAUGUGAACUCAGACAUUUCAGGUAUAACCAACAUGACGUACAUCUCCACGUCUGAGCCUUUGCCAAACCCCUACAUCGUCAUGCUAGCGGAUUCUGCAGCUGGACCUCCGGGAUACGUCACCACUACAGAUAAGCUUUACUAAGACCAUUUUUACCAGGAACCAUCAGAACCACGGCCCAGCUUCAAAUGGACCAUUUGACUUGUUUUGCGGCUAAAAUUAUACAGAAGCUACUUGAUAUGCUAAUUGCAAACUACUCCUUCAGAAAAGUGAGUUCCAGUUAAUAAUAUAAAAGAGAAAUAGAAUUUAUAUUUAAUCUGUUUCAGAGGAGACUGUCCCAUUGUGAUGUAAAGUUCUCUGUGCACAUUGUGUUUGAAGCCACAGUUCUUACCUUCUGUAGUUAGCAGUAGCAUUUCUGAAUGAAAAAGUACAAUGAUUUUCUUUUGCAGGCCUGACAUUAGCUAGUUAGGGUUUGUCUCACCUGAACACCAUCAAACUAGCUUUAGUUGACAUUUGGGAUUGUAUUGCGCUAAAUUGUUGUCAGGAAUAAUUGUGAUGUUGAAAGGACGUCUUGUGCCACAAGAAGUAAAUGCUUGAAAAUUGAGGUCAAUGUUGCUUUUAUUUAGAACAUUUUAAUCGUAAAGGUUAAGUGAUUAAUCAAGCCCGAUUAAUUAAGAUCUCAAAACCCAGGGCACAUGGGGUAAGAGAGGCAACAGUCCAAAAUGAAGUCUUUUGAGUUUUUUGUGUUUAGUCUGCAGCUGUAAUCCUUACUAUGUAAAGUAAGUAAACAUUUUGCUCAAAGAACAGUUUUCCAAGAUUAAUUGUUGCUUAAAAACAAUGCUUCCAGUUGGAGCUAACUCAAUUACAUAUUUUUGUAUAAAUAUUACAUAUUACUACUUUUUCUCUAAUGGUUAAUCAUAUACUUAUAUAGGAUUUAUGUGUUUUUUUCUGUACAUUCCCUUAUGAUAAAAAGCACUGUCAAGGUUAAUCUUACCAGAACUCAAUGUAUCAUCUUUUGAUUAAAGAUUUACUCUUUAAUCAAAAAGAAUUUUACUCUAUGGAUUUUGCAUGUUUGAUAUUAUGUGUGUAAGGAAAAGCAGUAAAGAUGCCCCAAUGUUCUUGGUUGAUCAUUUGAAUACAGACAAUGUUAGCAAGUUAUGAACAUGGGGGAAGUCAGGGAGAGAAUAGGGGUUCCAUUUGGCACCACUAGGGUGCUAAGGAAGAUAAUUCAAUUGACAGUGGCCAGAGAAGUGGCUGAGCUACCAUUUGCUCUCACGGGAAAUCCCCGUCCUGUCCUGUCCCGUCCCUGUCUCAGGAUCCUCACACUCCAGGGGGUCACUCUUUAUAUGUAAAUUCACUCACAACAUCUACACACAGCACCUUGGCGGGGAGGGUCUUUUGGGGUAUAAAGGGGGGUGAAGAAUUGCCGUUAAUUUGUGUUUGAGC